AUGACCGACUAUAAUGACUGGCAAUUAGAUGCGCUACGGGAGGAAUGUACUAGAAGAGAAUUAACAAUAAAUUCAAAAGACGGUGUUAAGACAUUGGCUGCCAGAUUACGUACAUAUGAUAUAAAUUUUGUUGUUGGGAAAACGGAUGAGGCACAAGCAUUAGCUCACGAUACCCAACCUGGAGAGUUUGAGAAUGAUGAACACAUGCAAAAUCUUUCAGAUAGCCUGGGUAAAUUGAAAUUGACCAGUGAUCUGCCGAUGAAAAAUGGGGGCGAAAUUCCCGGGGAUACUUUAAGUUUUCGGGAGAGGAUGGAGCUCUUACGCUUUGAGCGGGACUUAGAACGUGAGAGGGAGGAGAGAGAAAUCAGAAGAGAGGAGCGUAGACAACGAGCUAGAUUUGAGGAUAGGGCGUUUGAGGUAGAACUAGAGAAAGAAAGAGCUAAAACUCCAUCAGUUUCCGGAUGCUCGGGAAAAUUUGUUAAAGUGCGAGAAAUGAGGGAGACUGAAGAUAUCGAUGAUUAUUUUCGGAUUUUUGAAAUGACGGCUAAAACACAGCAAAUCCCACGGUCAGAAUGGUUAGGAAGUUUGGCAGCACGUUUAAGCGAAAAAGCUAAAUCUAUAUUUUUGGAAAUUUCGGGAUUGGAUGCCUGUAACUAUGAUAAAAGCAAGGAAAUCAUAUUGAAAUCGUACCAACUUAAUGUAGAUCAUUAUAGGUUUCGGUUUCGACAUACCGAGAAAAAACCGGAUGAAGAUUUCGGGCAAUGGGCUCAUAGGACGAGGCGGUAUUUGGACAGAUGGAUGUCAGUAGCUAAGGCAACCGGCGAUGCUGAAAAAAUUUUAGACCAAUUAGUGAUUGAACAUUUACUAAAUAGCGUCGGGGGGGAAUUAUGUAUUUGGUUAAAGGAAAGGAAACCAGCCACUGCGGAGGAAUUAGCGACGUUAGCCAAUGAGUAUGUGCAAAUUAGGAAGGGCCCUGUAAUAGGGGGGAAAUUGGAGCAAAGGGGGAAGUUCGACAAGUCCAAGGUUAAGUGUUUUUCAUGUCAAGAAAAAGGGCAUUAUGCUUAUGAGUGUAAAAAUCGGAAUACCGAAAAGGGGGGCCAUUUAGGUAUUUCCUCCACACCUGGGUAUAAAAUUUCUGAUCGCAUGCAUACUAAAGGGCAAUUGAAUGGGCGGAUUAUAGAUAUGGUAAUUGAUUCAGGGUGUUGUACUGUAGAACAUUAGUGCGUGAGAAAUUUGUAGGAAAUAACCGCUAUACAGGGGAAUUAAUGACAGUUUUGAUGGCGAAUGGAGAUCGGACCAGAGUUCCUCUGGCUUGGGUUGAAAUUCAAUACGGUAUUCACAAGGAGUUAGUUGGGGUGAUGCAUAAUCUUCCCGUAGACUGCUUGUUAGGUCGGUCUUCCUUUGGCCUGUCUUUAACUAAGGAAGAUUUAUUGAAACAAUGGGAUCAAUGUGUGGGGUAUUCUUGUCAAUCGGGAAACUUGGCUGAGGAGCAAGCAUUUGUUCUUACCCGUAGGCAAGUGGCAUUACAACAGGCUCAAACGCAACUAGAUCAACGGAUAGAUAAACACAAUCAAAUGAUUGUGAAAAAAUUACAAUGGAAUGAGAAUCAGGGUAAUAAUGAAUCAGUAGAUGAUUAUAAUUUGAAUGAGUUGUUUGAGACUGAGCCAAAUCUUAAUGAGCAUAACGAGGAGCCCAAUAAAGAAUGCAAGGCACCGACUGAAACGAUUGAAGGAAAACGUAAUAUACUUAAUCGUGAUCGUGCUCAAUUAAUUCAGGAUCAAGCCAAAGAUGUAACUUUAAGUAAUUUAAAAGUCUCCGAUAUUGCGCCGUUGGAAACGGGAGGGGGGGUUUUCCGGGUGAAUAAUGUGUUGAUGCAUAGGAAAUUUAAUAAAUAUCCCCAUGAUGGGUUAUUUCAUGUGGAUCGAAUUGUGGUUCCGGAGGUAUAUCGACCGGAAAUAUUAAGACUUGGCCAUACAAUACCCUUAGCUGGUCACAUGGGACAAGAAAAGACUUUUGAAAGAAUAUCUAUGCACUUCUUUUGGCCCCGGUUGUAGAGUGAAGUUAAAAAUUAUUGUGCAACUUGUCCUCAGUGUCAACUGGUUGAACGUAAAUUGGUAAACAAUAGGGCCCCACUUAAUCCCGUAAAAAUAGUUACGGAACCUUUUAAAAAAGUGGCUAUCGAUUUAAUAGGGGAGUUGCCACGAAGUAAAAACGGGUAUAAAUAUAUUUUGACAUUAGCUGUCGACUAUGCAACUCGAUAUCCCGAAGCCAUACCACUUAAAACGACACAGUCAAGGGUGGUCGCCGAAGCUUUGGUGAAUAUAUUUUCCCGGGUAGGGUUACCAGAAGAGAUUGUUUCUGACCAAGGGUCAAAUCUGGUGGGGAAUUUAAUGAAACAGUUGUAUGAACUGUUGGGAAUUAGGCAUAUAAAAACCUCAGUUUAUCAUCCGGAGGCCAAUGGGUUAGUGGAACGGUUUAAUGGAACUCUAAAGCACAUGCUUAAGAAAUUUGUGGGUAGGGAGAUUGAAUCCUGGGAUAAGUAUCUGCCUUUUGUAUUAUUUGCGUACAGGGAAGUGCCGUGCCAGUCAACAGGAUAUUCCCCUUUUGAAUUAUUAUUUGGAAGAACCGUACGAGGACCUUUUACUGCUGUCAAACACGCUUGGGUUUCUUCGAAAAUAUCGGAAGACUACCUAGAUUAUGUAUUAGAAACCCGUAAAAGAUUAACACAAAUGCAUGAAAUUGUUCAUGAAAAUUUGAAAGGAACACAGGAAAACAAAAGAAAUUAUAUGAUCGGCAGAGUUCCCGAAGGCUUCUUGGGGUGGGAGAUAGGGUGUUAG